AUGGGUUCCUAUAAAUCAUACCAAGACGGCAGUUCCAGUUCAACCGACAGCUCAACAUCAAGAAGCACCGCAGCAACAGUGCACAGCCAGAGAUCAAGAGAUAGAGGUACCGCCCUCGUAGUCUCAAAUCAAAAAUCAUCAGAUCCAGCCCCACACCUAUAUUCACACAGGCAAGACCAUUCGUCUAGACCACCCAGACCUCGCUCGUCAACAUCAACAUACGCCUCGACCACAAAUUCAGUCGAGCUCCAAGAACCAGAGGAACACCAGCAAUAUGGUGUAACAGAGCGCACAGAUUUCUACUCCCUAGACGCAUUCCCCUCGACUCCCUCUUCAUUCGCCCCACUAUUCCCCUCCUCCAGACGUCUACUAAUCCGCCAUGACGACACCACCGUCGACGGAAACAUGAACCUGCGUGUUGACACCCCAGUCCACAUCCGCGACGGCACUCAGCGCGACGUCAUCCUCUUCCAUCUCCGGAUGUACGAUCUCUUUUCCCGCAAAUUCUCCUUCCGCCGCUACUGCCGCGACUCCGGCCGCGAGGUAUGUCAUUGCGCACGCCGAGAAGUUGUCUCUGCCGAAGAUCGACGGCCCCAGCCGCGGCGGUCGUGGAGUAGUGUUUUUGGACUGAGGCCGGGUUCUUCGGGGACGUGUGCGCCGGGUGAGCUAAAACGACAAGACUCGGGGUUCUCGGCGCAUAGCCAUACCCAUGAGAUGGAGGACAGCAGUGGAGAGAAGCUGCCCAUUCUGGCGGACACCAUCUUGCUCGAGUUCUCAAAUUACGCUCAUGUUGAGCUCCGCCGUAGGGGCGGCACUAGUAAGAAGUAUGAAUUCGAGUACUGGUCAACUAAGUACCAGUGGCGAAGGGAGAUGCGCAAAGAGGGCGAUCUGCAGGAGGUUUCGUAUUUCCUUGUCGAUACGCGCUCUGGGAAGACCGUUGCACAUCUGGUGCCCGACACACUUGCGCCCCUGGAAGUUGCUGAGGAGGAAAGUAAGGGUGGUUGGGUACCGCCUUCUUCGAUGUGGAUCAGUGAUCCAGAGGUUUAUCGGACGAUGCCUGAUGUUGCCGAGCUGACGAAGUUUUUCGUGGAUAGUGUCAUUGUUGCUACAGGGAUCGUGGCGCUAGUUGACGACUGCAUUCGUCGUCGCUGGCAUUCUGAGCGUCGACCUUCUUGGAUUCUUCCUGCGCAACACUCGCUGACGAAGAGUCUGGAGCGUAUGGACCCUCGUAGCUUGAUCGGCCAAGUACUUCAGCGGCGUGGAUCUGCUUGA